AUGUUCUGUGCGUUGGGGGAGGUGAUAGCUGCGAGGGUGGGGGAAGGGGAGGGGUCGACGGAGGAUGGGGAAAGGGGAGACGGUGGUGGCGUGGCCGAUUUACAGAGAUCGGAGUCCGGUGGCAGAUGGUGGGGGAAGGAGAGGAUGGAGGGCGGCGGGUGGGGGAGCGAGGGAGAGGGGGAAGAAGACGGGGGAGAGGGGUCGACGGAGGAUGGGGGAAGGGGAGACGGUGGUGGCGUGGUCGAUUUACAGAGAUCGGUGUCCGAUGGCAGAUGGUGGGGGAAGGAGAGGAUGGAGGGCGGUGGGUGGGGGAACGAGGGAGAGGGGGAAGAAGACGGGGAGGAGGGGUCGACGGAGGAUGGGGGAAGGGGAGACGGUGGUGGCGUGGCCGAUUUGCAGAGAUCGGCGUGCCCGGUGGCAGAUGGUGGGGGAAGGAGAGGAGGGAGGGCGGCAGGUGGGGGAACGAAGGAGAUGGGGAAGAAGACGAGAGGGGGGGGGAGAGAGGGGUUAUUCCACAUGUGA